UGCAUCGAUUGAUACCUACUAGCACUGCAAUUGAGACAAUGAUGUAUGAUGACUUUUCUCUGAAAACCAAUUCACCUUCACCUACAACAUCAAUAACAAACGACGUUGAAGAAAAAGACGAUAAUGGAACUCAAUCUUUCUCACAACAAGAAGAACUAUCAGGAGAAGUGUGUUUAGAAGGAUCUAGUGGAACUACCCCAUCUGGAAAGGAUGCAAAUAACAAUAACAAGCUCAUGUCAUGGAUUAAAUUAUCAUCAAAGAAGGAGAAUAAUCAAAAUCAACAGCAGCAACAGGAUGCGCAAAAAACAAUAUCAUCAACAGGAUGUGCAACUACCGAUGAAGGUGCACGUUUACUUGAUUCGACCAAGCUGUAAUAUUAAUGAACAUCAUCAACAAUCUAAUCUACCUAUCACAAUGACUUCGUCAUCUUCAUCUUUGACAACCAAUACAAAAACUACGAACAGCACAAACAACAAAAAAUCAGCUUCUGCAUCCAUGUUACUAACAACAGCCACUCAACAAAAACUUUUGGAAAAAGAAAGUGCUGCCAAUAAGAACAAGAUACCAACCAGUGUGUUGCCUUGGAGAACAAAAUGGAAACCAUCCCCUGAAGACAAAAAAAAUUGGAAUCGGUUCCUAUCUACAAAUUCAGAGGAAAUGUCAAAAUCAAUGCAAUUCUCAUUUAAUGAUCUGAAACUCCGUGGAUUUGCAGGUCAUACAUCAUCCAUCAGAUCUCUCACAGUCAAUGAACCGGAUAAGAUAUUUGCAUCUGGGUCAAAGGAUCGUACGGUGAAACUAUGGUCAUUGAAUAUACAUGAAGGCAUCGAAAAUUGGGAAACGGAUCCUUAUUCUGAAAGCUUGGUGACUUACACUGGACAUCGACGUGGAGCUAUCCAUGAUAUUCACUUUUUAUCAGCACAUAAUGGUCAAAGUGAUCUGAUUGCAAGUUGCGAUGGACAUGUUCAUCUAUGGAAUCCGGAAACUGGGAAAACCAUUCAUCAAUUUAGUACAGGUCGAUCUUCUAUUAUCUCUCUCAAACCAUUUUCUCAAUCUCGCAGUUUGAUUGGCGCAACUGUGGAAGGUUAUUUGACUUUCUUAGAUACUCAUAAUCAUUGUCUGUUGCAUACAUGGAAAUCAAGUGCAUCUAUAACAACUGGUACCAUCCGAGCCAUUGUUACGAAUGAAGCGGAAACAUGGAUUGCUGUGGGAUAUUCAACUGGGAUUAUUGCACUGUUGGAAACAAGGACUGGUUCGUUGAUUGCCAAUUGGAAAGGUGGGGAUACUGAAGUGACUUUGCUCAAGUUUUAUGCGAAUGACUUGUUGGUAACUUGUGCUCCAGCAGAUCAUCUCAUUUGCUGUUGGAAUGUCAAUCGAUUAGCACUUGUGAAAACAAUACCUACCGUAUUGGAUGUUAUAUCAUUGGAUACUUUCAAAGAUGAAGUUCUGACCAUCAAUGGAAAUAACUCUGUUUCCUUUAUACCUAUCAAUGAUGAUAGUCAGUCCUAUUCUUCUAAAUUCAAGUCAUCCAUCAUGAAAUCUCAAGUCAGUGCCUUUACAACAGUAGCUGCCGAUCAACUUUUAUUAUUUGGAUGUAGUGAAGGUGAAAUAUUCUUGUAUGCAUAGAUCUUCUUCUCCCUUCUUCUGGAUCUUCAUCAUCAGAUAGAAUCAAUACCUUCCCCCAUUUGUAUGAAAUAAAAAUUAAUUUUUGUUAUCAAAAUGUUUA